CUCUUUGUCAUAAUUAAUUAAAAUGACAGGUUCGUGCACAAAGUAUUUCGCGUUCACGCAGGGUUCGGAGAAUCGCAACACUCUAAGGUUGUGUGAUGUAAGCAGUCUACCCUGAUGCAGGCAUCAGUGACUGAUUCUAUAGCUCAAACCCGUCACUUAUAGGUCACACAGAGAAGGUCAUACCGAGAUAACUUGACCAAUGCUCCGAGGCUCCCCUUCUUUGUCAUAAUUAAUUGAAGAAAGUAUUUACAGCAGGGUGAAACAAGAAAAGCUUUUAAAAUGCACAUAUUAACAGGCAGAAAAACGUAUCUAUUUGCUGUGCCAAGACAGAGAAGAAAGAAAGCAAAACAAAAAGAAGAGGGAGUGCUUCAUUCUUUCUUCUUCUUCUUCUUGGGUUAUUGUGAAAAUGGGAGCUGAGGUGAGUAAACAGGUGGAAAGACGAAAAUCUAUUCACACUCAGAAGAAAAUCUUGUAUGAUCUCAAGGAGAAAAAUGGAUGCAAUUUCCCUGGUUGUGAUUAUCAUGUACAAGACAGAAAAAAUUGGAUGUCAGCACUUAUCCCUGAAAAACUCCAUGUCAACAAGAUUGUUUGGCCAGGUACACAUGAUUCUGCAACUAACAAGAUUGGAAUCCCAUUCAUCUCUCGCCCUUUUGCUCAAUGCCAAUCUUUGUCCAUUUAUGAACAACUAGUAAUUGGCGCUCGAGUUCUUGACAUCCGUGUUCAAGAAGAUCGUCGUAUAUGCCAUGGCAUCCUUCUUUCCUACAACGUUGACGUCGUUAUCAACGACGUCAAGAAGUUUCUGUCUGAAACAGAUUCAGAGAUAAUAAUCCUAGAAAUUCGUACUGAAUUCGGACAUGAUGAUCCCCCGGAUUUCGACAAGUACCUGGAGGAUGAGCUAGGGGAAUUUCUCAUCCACCAAGAUGACAAUGUUUUCAACAAGACAAUUGCAGAAUUAUUGCCAAAGAGAAUAAUAUGUGUUUGGAAACCAAGAAAAUCACCUCAGCCAAAACAUGGAAGUCCGUUAUGGAGUUCAGGUUACCUAAAAGAUAACUGGAUAGAUACUGACUUACCUGAAACGAAGUUUGAGAGCAACAUGAAGCAUUUGAGUGAGCAGCCACCUGUAACAUCUCGGAAAUUCUUUUACAGGGUGGAGAAUACGGUCACGCCACAGGCUGAUAAUCCAGUUCUGUGUGUGAAACCGGUGACAGAUCGGAUUCAUCCAUAUGCAAGACUGUUUGUAAUGGAAUGUAUCUCUCGAGGUUAUGGUGAUCGGUUGCAGAUAUUUUCAUCAGACUUUAUUGAUGAAGAUUUUGUGGAUGCAUGCAUUGGUCUUACAAAUGCAAGGAUUGAAGGGAAGUUCUGAAUCUGAAUGAAUGUUUAUAGGCAAAUAGUAAAUAUGUAUGUGUUUCAGACAUUUACUUAUAUGUAUAUAGUUUGAGUAGCAGGUAGGAGUACAGCCCUACUUGCCGAAGAUGGAUUAUUCUCUAGUCUGUAUAUAGGUCUUGUAUGGUCCAACUUGUUUGAAAUCGAGAUGUAAUUGUUGUUGUUGUGAUUGGUUUUCUGUGGUAAGAUUGUUUUUUUUUUUAGGAAUUGAGUAUGCAAGAACAUGAUAUAUGAGAAGAAAAACAUUCUUAGCUGUUAUUGGG